GCGGGUGGAGUGGAAAGGGGAGGGGGGUGGAGAAGUAGCUUGUUUUUAUUUCUUUGCCCUCGAACAUUAAAUAGAAAACAAACGCACAGUGUUUAAUCGGUAAUGUUUAUUUACAGGAAAUCGUCGCUUUAUUGAUUUUUUUUCUUCCCCCUUUGUUUCUUGCCAUGUAGCUGUGCGCGCGUGCGAGUCAGCCGCGGGAAAGUUUGUUUCCCCUUUGAUCUCGGACUGUCCGAUCUCUCUACAUUAACACGAUUUCAAGGGUCCAAGUUUCUACAACUUUCGUUUUUUCUAUACGUCGUCUCUGAGCAAUACUGGUGCAUGCACGGACGUGACUUCAGGAGCUGCCAUGUCGUUUACGGUCAAGUCCGAGGCUGAGCCGAUGGAAAUAACGAGCGCAGAUCGGCGAAACGCUGGAGGCGAGCAGGUCAACAAGCCUCUAAAGUCCAUGGUGGAUCCUUUGCUGCUGACAACGAAGAUGCUCACGGGGAUGGGGCAGUACGUAUGCACCGUGUGCGGCGACAUGUUCGCGUCGCUGACACAGCUGGCUAGACACGUGCAGUUCCACGACCGCGACCGUCCGUUCCCCUGCGCCAUCUGUGGCAAGCGCUUCCUGAGCCGGAGCCACCACGACGAGCACCAGCGCGUGCACACGGGCGAGCGGCCCUUCCCCUGCGACCGCUGCGAGCGCUCCUUCACCACGCACCACAACCGCAAGCGCCACCAGAUGAUCCACGACAAGGAGGAGGCGUACCGAUGCCCCGUGUGCGGCAUUCUCUUCUGCCAGGAACACCAGCUGGGCAAUUUCAGCGGCAUCAUCCGCGUUCUCAAGCAGCACGAGAACGGGAACCCGGGCAGCGACGUUCGCAUCAAAACCGACAUCCAGAUCGACCCAAAUUUUGAAGACGAGCAAGAGGAACAAGUCAAGAGGAGGAAAAUGAACAAGCAUCAGCAUUCCCGUUCGGAAAAAUACUAUUCGUGGUCUUCCCGAGAAGAGGACAGCAGGACGUCGUUCGAAUCGGGCGUCUCGCCGGGUCCGUACCAUAAAGAGGCACGUGUUCCUGAAGUGCUGCACAAAGCAACUAUAAGGAUCAAGAAGAUUGCGUAUGAUAUGGAGGUUACCCUUUAAGCUAUAUUUCAAAUGUGUCCUGUUCUACUGUUCGGAAUGAUUUUUCCGCUUCCAGCACGUUUACACAACCAGAUAAAGACGUACAGUGAAACACUGAUGUGCAGAGGUUCUCCAAGACCAGGGUUGGAAAGCUGUUCUGUGAACCUAAUGAUGAACAUGUUCUAGAACGAAACCGGCGAUAAGCUUUAAUUAAGCUGUUAGCUUUGAGGUUUUGUGUUUUUGGUUUUUUUUGUACUGAAGCAGACCAACCUUUAUAAACUACCACACUGCUGUGACGCAAACACACGUCAAUCGACUGGACUUUUGUCGUCAUUUUUUUUCUGCAAAUAUUUUCUACCAAAAUGAUCGCUGAUCGUUUUUUCUGUUUGUUCUCAUUAACAAUGUAUUUGACACUUAUUUUUCCUCAUGAAUAAAAAGGAUCUUGAUAUCUUCUAUAUGUUAAUAAACACGACACUCAAAUGUAUUUACUUACACAAAAUACUGACACACAAAUAAUGUUUCAGUGUUCGUCGUCUUUUCGUUCUUCCUUUUUGUAGCUCUUCAUUGUGCAGGGUGAGAGGAAUCCGAAUAAACGUAGGUUACGUCA